CGGCUGGGGGGGGCGCGGCGGUGGCCGCCUGCGCCCGCGGGAGGAAGCGGCGCCGAGAGGCUCGAGCCGGCACCAUGAACCGCUUCAAGGCGUCCCGGUUCCGGCAUGCGGCGGCCAAGCCGGCCCGCAAGGAGGCCUGGAUCAGGGAUAUCCGAGCCGGCUCCACCACCUCCUUUGGGAACCACAUCAAGUCCAGCUGCUGCUUGAUAGCGUUUAAUGCUGACUCUGCAGGCGUGUUGGGCAUCGUGCCACUGGAGAGCCAGGAUGGAGGGAAGAUGGCUGUGUCCCAGCUGUGCUGCCAUUCAGAUGUGGUGACGGACUUUGACUUUUCUCCAUUCGACGCGCUCCUGCUGGCAACAGGCUCUGCUGAUGAAACCGUGAAGGUGUGGCGCCUGUCUGAGAGUGGCCAGGACCUGCCCUCCUGCCCUGGAAUGACCCUGGGGCCGGCGGGAUGCCAGGUGGAGACACUCCAGUUCCACCCAACAGCGGACGGCGUCCUGGUGAGCGGAGCUGGGAGAACGGCAAAGGUCUGGGAUGUGGCCCAGCAGAAACCCCUGACAGCACUGGAACCUCACGGCGACCUGAUCCAGAGUGUGGCCUGGAAACAAGACGGUGCCCUCCUCGGCACCUCCUCUAAGGAUAAGAAGCUGCGGAUCUUUGACCCAAGGACCAAGCCAGCUGCAGCCCAGAGCAUCCAGGGUCACGCAAACAACAAGGAUUCCAGGCUGCUCUGGAUGAACACCAGCGAUUACGUCCUCUCAGUAGGAUUCAGCCAGAUGAGGGAGCGUGAGGUAAAGCUGUGGGACACACGGCGAUUCAGCAGCUCGCUUGUCUCCGUCACGCUGGACACCUCCCCAGGGGCGGCGAUCCCUCUCUUGGACCCUGACACUGGGCUCUUGGUGGUGGCUGGAAAGGGUGAAAAUCUCCUCUACUGCUUUGAAGUGUGCCCCUCGCUGCCAGCCCUGAUGCCGGUGACCCAGUAUCUGAUGGAGGGCAAGGCUAAGGGCGCCGCCCUCGUGCCAAAGCGGGCGCUGGACGUCAUGUCCUGCGAGGUGCUCAGAGUCCUGCAGCUGACCGACAGCUUCAUUGUUCCCAUCAGCUACACGGUGCCCCGCAAGUCCUUGCAGGAGUUCCACGAAGAUCUGUUCCCAGACUCCACUGGGCCUGUCCCCGCGGUGUCAGCACAGGGCUGGUGGGCAGGGGACAACAAGCAGGUGGAGAAGAUGAGCCUGAACCCCGCCCUCAGGCCCCAGGAGACCUUCACCUCCUGCCUGUUUCCCCUUGCCCGACGUGAGGAGCCCGUGCCACCGGCUGCCCAGCAUCUCGCCGCCCGCUCUGGGGACAUGGACAGAAGCGAGGGCAGCAGCCUCUCGUCUCCCCCCAGCUCCCUGAGCUCUCCCUCCAGCUCAGCCCCAUCUCUCUCCACCGCCAGCCCUAGUCAGAAGUCCCUGCAGAGCAUUCUGGGGCCCAGCUCAAAGUUCCGUCACACCCUGGGGACGCUGCUGCCCCGCGGCACCCACAUCACCAACCUCAAGGGGCUGAACCUCACCACGCCAGGGGAGAGCGACGGCAUCUGCACCAACCGGCUGCGCGUCGCUGUCCCGCUGCUGUCAGCAGGUGGGCAGAUCGCCGUGCUGGAGCUCUCCAAGCCGGGCCGGCUCCCCGACACGUCCGUGCCCACCAUUGAGAAUGGGACGCCGGUCGCAGACUUCUGCUGGGACCCCUUCGACCUGCAGCGCCUCGCAGUCGCUGGCGACGAUGCCAAGAUCCGACUGUGGCGAGUCCCCCCAGGAGGGCUGCAGGAGACGCUGCUGGAGCCUGAGGCCGUGCUCAGAGGUCACACGGAGAAGAUCUACUCCCUCAAAUUCCACCCCCUGGCUGCAGACAUACUGGCUUCUUCCUCCUACGACAUGAGCGUGCGGAUCUGGGACCUGCAGGCGGGCAGGGAGAAGCUGUGCCUGAGGGGGCACCGAGAGCAGAUCCUCAGCAUGGCUUGGAGUCCGGAUGGCCGGAAGCUGGCUACAGUCAGCAAGGAUGGCAGAGUGCGGGUCUAUGCGCCCCGCCAGUCCCUGGAGCCCGAGCAGGAAGGCCCUGGCCCCGAGGGCGGGCGAGGUGCACGGCUGGUCUGGGUCUGUGGUGGCCACUACCUGCUGGUGUCUGGCUUCGACAGCCGCAGCGAGCGCCAGCUGUACCUGUCUGACGCAGCGUCCCUGGCAGCCGGGCCCCUGGCGGUGUUGAGCAUCGACACAGCUCCCUCCACCCUCAUCCCUUUCUAUGACCCGGACACCAGCGUGGUCUUCCUCACCGGCAAGGGCGACACAAGAGUCUUUGUUUACGAGGUGGUCCCCGAGGCGCCCUUCUUCCUGGAGUGCAACAGCUUCACCUCCAGCGACCCACACAAGGGCUUUGUGUUCCUGCCCAAGACGGAGUGCGAUGUGCGGGAGGUGGACUUUGCCAGGGCUCUGCGCCUGAGGCAGAACUCCAUCGAGCCGGUCGCCUUCAGGGUCCCGCGAGUCAAGAAGGACUAUUUCCAGGACGACAUCUACCCAGCCACUGCAGUGUGCUGGGAGCCAGCCCUCUCCGCCGCAGCCUGGUGCGCGGGCACCGAUGGGCAGCACCGCACCAUCAGCCUGCAGCCCCAGGACAUGACGCCAGUGAGCGCAGCCCCACAGGAUGUGCCGUCCCGGAAGUACGUCCCGGCCUCGGUCUACCUGGAGGAGAAGUCUGAUGAGCAGAAGAAGGAGGAGCUGCUGAGCGCAAUGGUGGCCAAGUUGGGUAACCGGGACGACCCCCUGCCGCAGGAAUCCUUCGAAGGGGUGGAUGAAGCGGAAUGGGACUAGCCCUGGAGGGGUGACUCCUGUUUCCUGGGACCGCAAUCUCCUCCGUGCCAAUGCUGCUGGCUCCCCACCUCCCUGCCUGGCCUUCACAGCCCCCACGCUGAGGCCUUGCUUUUUGCUGGACUGUGCCCACACCCCAGGGCUUCGCUGCUCCCCAAUCCAGCACCGAUCUCCCUGGAGGGCCUCAGGCCCAGCCCAGGCCCUUUCCCAAAGAGCCCGGGAAGUCGGCUCUGCGCCAGGCUCUGCCUUGUUACCUAAGGGCUAAUGGACUGAGUGAGCCAGAUCCUGCCAGCUUCGCCAGGCUGCACCCUCCUCUCCGUGUGGGGUCUGGGAGGGCUAUGGACACUCUGCUGACCGCGGUGCUGCCGGGCCAGGGCUGGCCGUGCUGGCCGUGGCUUCGGCCAGUUUAUACUCUCUGCCCGUUGGACCAGCAGGCUCCUCUGGGCACCUCAAAUCACCCAUCCUCGAGCAGAGCUGCUCGUCGGUCGGCUGAUGUUCACAUUGUGCUUGGGCCCCAGCCGAUGGCACUGUGGUGGUAACCACUGCGGGCAAGGACAGAGCCACCCUGGGGGCUGCAAGGCUGGGGAAGGAGAGGGCUGUGGGGAGCUGGGGAUGCCACCGUGGGAUCCGGGGGCUUCCCAGCCUGGCCUUUCAUAGCCACCAACCCUCCCUGUUCUCGCAACACAAUCUCUUUAGCCCGACUGAGCAUGGCCCCCAAGCAAAGGUGCGGCCUGCAGCACCUCCUUCAGGCCAGCCCAGCUCACAACGCACUGGGCUUUAGGGGUCUGAUACCCAGGGCUGCAGGUGCCUUGAACACCUCCACAAGUCUACUCCAGAGCACUUGCACAUGCCUCACGCGUCUUUCAGGCUACGGGGAGCAAGGGCCAGAGGCUGGAAUCACUGCGGCACAGUGUACGCCAAGUGUCUUCUCUGAGUUCGGCUGUUGCCCCCGCUGCACCUGGCUCACUGGCACCUGUCGAUCCAGUGCAGGGGUCUGGCCUGGGAUUGUUCUUCAGUUCAGAUCUGAAGGCAAAGUCACACUUGUUCUGUUUCCCCUCCGGCAGACAUUCAAAGCACAAGCCUUCCCAAGAGGGGCACCACACCCUGGCCUCGAGGGCUGCCUGUCUGGAGGGUCGGCAGGAGUCGCUGGUGGGUAGCCUUGGCAGAGAGCAGGGAUGGCACAGGCCUGGAGCUUAGCACUGUGGUUCAGGAACCCAAGGGUGCCCGGCCUGUGUGGCACGGCCAGCCCAGGCCUGGGCCCAGCCGCAGCAGAGCUUCCACUGCAACCCCACUGGCACGCCUCUGGAGCCUCCCCUCUACCCCAGGCUGGGCUUGGGGCACAGGCUGCUGCUGCGGGUGGGUGGUGCCCUCUUGGUUACAACUUGGACUCAAGUUCCAGGUACUAUUACUGAUUUCCCUCUGACCCUGGCAUUUAGUGCAGCGCCCCCAUCAGCUCGGGCGGGUGGUACCCGAGGGUUCCAGAUGCUUGCCCUGUUGCUUGUGGGAUACCCAGUCUGGAUGCCUCCAGGCUCCAGGGCUGCCAGGCUGGCAUCCUUCCCCAGCAUUACAUUCGCUCUGCGCAAUAUUUCACCAACAGUGUGAGCCUUUAGCCCACCUAGGCAGUGUCUCGCAGAGAGUGCGUGAUAUCGCCCAGUAUGUGACCUGCCUGGGCGCUGGGGGAAUGUUCUCUUGGGGUGAGAGAGCAGAGCCGAGCUACCCUGAGCCAAGACCCACAGCUGCCCAGCCCUUCCUGGAGGGCCUGGCACCGCAAGGGGCAUUGCCUUGCCAGCAAGCCCGAGUGCCAGAGCAGGACUGGGGCUGUGCUUUGUAAGGCCCGGGAGCCUGGGGGUGGGGACUCAGUGGGUGUCCACUGGGAGAGGACAAAUGCCAGCAAGCCAGUGGAGAGGAGGGAGGGGGCUUCUGAAACGGCGCCGCGAGUUUUAAUAAAAAAUGAUAUUUUGAACCAAACAAACGGAGGCAGCAAAUCUAUAGUCCCUGAAAGGCAGCAUGGCAGGCAAAGCCUCCUCCUUCUCCAGGGCUGUGGGGGAUGGAUUCUCACACCUGCCUCUUGGCUGGCUGGUGCCGCAGCUCCCUGUUGAUGCUGGCCUGUGGCCAACUCCCACUUGCCCGUCAUCUGGAUGUCUUUGCAGCCCAGCUCAUGGGCUGCAGCUGCUGGGAGGGCCAAGCCCAAUGCAGGUAGCCAGUGUGGGCAGGGAGUCCCUGAACCACUGCAGCCGACUGUGCCUUCUCCCCUCGGACCCAGUGCUCCUGUGGGUGAGCCUUAGUGCUCACCACCACAGUUGUGGCCAAUGGAAGGUGCCUCCCAGGGCUCUGCCAGCCCUCCAUUUUCCUUGGUGGGAUACAGGGGUGCAGCGGUGGUACACCCCAGCCCCCGAGCCCAGCGCAUCGUCUUGCAGCCAGCAGUUUUCAGGGCCGGGCACUCUCAGCUCCCACUAGGCACAUCACUGACGCUCCAGCCUGGCCCGCUUGGAGCCUGCAGGGGCUGUGUUCACAGCUCAGGACUAGGACUCCCUGCAGCUCGGGAGACAGCUGCCCCUGGUGCGGGCACCGCCUGGGAGGGGUUGGGAGUUGCAGGUGUGUUACGCCUGGGCCCGGGGGCGGGCAAGGCUGUGGAGAGGAUGGAGUUCAGAUGCGAGGCCCUGGGGGAAGGCCACAGGGUAACUGUUGGCUCCCUGUUGCUCUAGUGACUGCUAUUGCACCGGGCAUGGGUGGAAGGCAGGCAGCAAGGGCAACCUACGAAAGCCCGCCCCCCCCUUGGCUGAUUGUUUGAAGUCUGGGUUUGUAGUGAUUUGGAACCAAACCUAAACAUGUUGAAAUUGGCCAUUCAAGGGACUGGAGGUCUGGCUCAGGGGCCGUUCACCUGUCAAGCUGCCCCAGAGCCACAGCUGGAGUCACGAACGGGGGAGCUCUGGGGUCUCCAACUCUGUUGACUUGGUGGGCUGCCCCAGAGCUGGGGCGCCUGCCCAGGGUUUCCAGCCUCGCCUCCCUGCCCGGCCACCCCAGCCAGUGUUGAUCCCAGGGCACUCAGCUCGCCGGGGCGGGUCGUGCCAGGGACGUGGCCAAAUGCCAGCUCAGGCAGUUCCCUGCUGCCCCCGCGUCCUCCCUGCCAGGGCCGGGCCGGGCCGCCCCCAUGGCUGUGCCCACGUGGCCGGUCCCAGUCGGGGGGGACACACCCCAGGGGCCGCGGGUGCGGAGCGUGGCGGAUCUCGGGCCGGGCCAGGACCCAAAGCCCCAACCCAAGCGCUGCAGAUGGGCCGUGGCGCGGCUGCCCCCCGCACCGCGGAGGGUGGCUUGAGGUCAGGCCGGGGGGCGCUGGGGCAACGAUGGGGAUGAGCGGCCUGGCUCCCGGGACAGGGGCACCCAGCUCCGCCCCCGCUGCAGCCUCCCCGCCGUCCGCCAGGGGGCGCGCUCCCCUCUCGCGCGGCGCUCGGCACCUACCGCUCGCUGACCGCGGGGACACUCUGCCCAGCGCCGUCUCUAUGGCGCCCCCGCGGGGGCCGCUGCCCUUCGCUCCCUGAGCCGGAGCCUGCUACAGGCCGGAAGCGCCGGGGACAUGGCCAAGUACCUGGCGCAGAUCAUCGUGGUGGGGGUGCAGGUGGUGGGCAGGGCCUUCGCUCGGGCGCUCAGGCAGGAAUUUGCAGCCCCAGGUAAGCUCUCCUGUGAACGCUGUGGCCAGGUGCGCCAGGGAGAGCGGGCUGUGACUGGAGGAGUGAUCAGGUUGGGGUCUCUCUGAACAGCCAGCCGAGCAGCGGCCGAUGCGCGGGGACGUGCUGGACCCCAGUCUGCUGCAGCCACCAGCAUCUCAGGGAUCAGCCUGCAGGAGGCCCAGCAGAUCCUCAACAUCUCCAAGCUCAGCCCAGAGGAAAUUCAGAAGCUAUUGUACCCAGUGACUGGAAGAUACCUAAUGUAACACCAAUAUUUAAGAGAGGCUCUAGAGGUGAUCCUGGCAAUUACAGACCGAACUACGAUCACUUAUUCAAGGUGAAUGAUAAGUCAGUGGGGGGAUCGUUUUACCUGCAGUCUAAGGUGGUGAGAGCCAAGGAGCGGCUGGAUGAAGAGCUUCGAAUCGAGACCCAGAGACAGAAUGAAAGAGAACAGGGGCAGAAGCCAAAGACGUAACUACUCCCCAUGCCCUCUUCUCAGCCCCUCUAAAUUAUAGCCAGCCAAUAAAUCUCCUCUCUGCA